AUGCCCCAAUACGAGGCGAUUCCCAAAGAGAUCUGGAAUCUGCUGCUAUUCCGCUUCUCUGUUGCCACGCUGCUGUGCAUCUAUCUCGACUUGUUCUUCCUGCUUUACUCGUUUUGCCAGAGUUACCUGCUGGGUGUCCUGGAGGACACAUUCGUAUCUACUGUACUGCUCGUUAUUGUGCAGCCAGGGGUGGUAGCCUAUGGACUGCUGCUAUGCCACAAUCACAACAAGCCACCGAUCUACUAUCAGAGACGAAUUCAGCGACUGCUUAUGGAGAUCCCGCUGAAACUUCUGCUGCUAGGCAUAGUGCUCUACGUGAGUAUAUUCACGAACUGGAUGUACGCCCGCUUCAUUACGGACAUCUUUGACGAUCGUCUUGACUUUCUCUUGAUCCACGGCUGCUGCUGCGGCAUCGCCUACUUCCUUGCCGAACGUGGGAGAUGUCUCCGCCGGUUCUCUUUGCCUGGUAAGGAUGGCGGCCUGGACAUAUGGCAAUCGAUAAUCCAGAACACGUGUAACUCCCGAAAAGUCGGACUUGUCGUCGGGACAGCGCUCGCCUCUGGCCUGAUCCAAUCGUCCUGGAGCGCUGGGAAGAUGUUCUGGGCUUUGGUCUUGACCACCCUUGUCCUGACCAAGCUGCACAUGAUCAAGAAUAUCUACGAGAUGAUCAUGCAGAAAGAGUUGCCACUGGAUCUAAUUCCCCGAGUGCACCUGGGAGACAACGAGAGACUCUGGGAUCCUGUAGUGUUGUGGAUCUGCCGGCAGAAUCUGUGGCCGAUGCCGGAGGAAAUGAUUGAGCUGCAGCUGUCAUUCCACAUGGCCCUGGAUACGAAGUGCCUCUACGGACUACACCUACUGGCGGCCCACGAAUUCCACGUAGCAGCAGCCAGCAAAUGCGACUUCCUCUGCCCGACGCUCUUUUCGCUGGCUAAAAUUAACCCAAUAUCCUGGCAGGAACUGCGCGAGGUCAUAAUGGGAAUGGUGGACGAGUUCGUGGCCAAUAUGAAGAGCGCAAUAGAAGACACCACAUCCCCCGAUCAGCUGUUCCAGAGGAAUGCAAAGGAUAAACCCCGGAAGGAAGGGAUGAGAAAACUCUCCGCUACGCUGCCCAUAAAGACUACCCCAAAGUGUUUACCAUCUCAUGAUCAUCUUAUCCAGAGGAAACAGACGCAACAAGUCCGGAGGACGGGUGCAUCCUUGUGCCAGCCCAUAAAACAGUGUUCGAAAUGUGGGCGACCCUCAGGUCCCAUAGACGGAUUCCAUUUGCAGAAAAACGAGAUGUGUCGAUGCUGCAACGUGCCACAGAAGUUGCGUAUCUGGUUCCGUUGCAUCUGGGAAUACCAUUCCCAGAUGCCGUCCACCUGGUCCCGUCCCAUCUGGGAAUGCCUGCUUCCCUCCUGGAUACACUAUUUCUUCGACACGGACCCCAUUGCGAAGAUUAAUCACGCACUGCGCUGCGCAGAGCACCUGGACGAUGUGCUGCGCGGGCUCGUCCGCAUCUGCAUUCGGUCGCUGAGGGAGGACAAAUACGGGUUUAUACAGUCCGAUCUGAUGCGCUUCCUGAGCGCCCUGGUUCUGGUGGAGAAGCAGCUAAAUGCGGCCCAGAAUAUGAAGAUAGUCAGGAACGGCAGACUGUGUGGCACACACCAUAAGCUACUUGUGGGCAUCAAGCACUGCAUGUUCGGCAUGCUAUACCAUUUUUCGCCCUAUCUGGAUGAUAUCGUGCAGGGCGACGAGCAGAUGUUAAAGAUUCUCAAGUGCUGGAUGGAAAAACUGGGCAUACCCCACAGUCACCUUCCAUGAAUCUCAAUCUCACACUACCACCAUUACACGCUCGCCAUUGCACUUCCCCACACACACUCACAAGCACUGCACACAGAAAGCACAAAAGAAGAGCCAAAGAGAGCUACGAUCAAUAUAAUUCUCUAAAGCCGUUAAACCCCUCGUCUGAAAAGGAAAUACAAAAUGGAAGAUAGCUCUUAGAACUUUGGUCUUCAAAAACAAUUAAAAAUUCUUUAAAAAA